CCUGGGUUUCGGCCUCUGCAGGGUCUAAGCUGCUACAGAAGCUUUAACCUUAAGGGGGCCUCAGGGAGAGCGCGGAGCCGUGUGAGCUGCCGCCGCCGAGAGCUCCACCUCCGAGGCUCUGGGUCCGGGGGCCCCGGCCUGUGGCGGCGAGCGGCGGCGGCGGCUGAGGAGGGCGGCCGGCCCGGGUCUCCCUCGCUCCGUGCAGGGCCCGGAGAGGGGAUCCGCCAUAUUGGAGCCGGAGCCGAAGGUGCCUUGGAGCGCGGCGGCGCGAGGCGGGUGGAGGAGGCGGCCCCGGCCUCCACCGAGGAGGAGUCGGCUCUGCCGGGGCCCGCGAGGCUGGGGAGUGAAUGAGCCGCUCGGGCUAGCCGCUUCCCCGCCCACUCUGUGCACUCGGUGCCGCGGGAGCCGGCCGUGGCGGCGGCAGGAUGUUCUCCAAGAAGCCGCACGGGGACGUGAAGAAGUCCACCCAGAAGGUGCUGGACACCAAGAAGGACGCGCUGACCCGCCUCAAGCACCUGCGCAUCGUCAUCGAGAAUGCAGAAUCUAUUGAUCUUAAGCAGUUUUUUGACCAACAUUUUUCACAUAUAUACUAUGUGUUCUUUGAAAAUUUUGUGACCAUUGAAGCUAGUCUUAAACAGAAAGGUCACAAGUCUCAAAGGGAAGAAUUGGAUGCUAUACUUUUCAUUUUUGAGAAAAUAUUACAACUUCUUCCAGAAAGAAUUCAUCAACGAUGGCAGUUUCAUAGUAUUGGACUGAUCUUGAAGAAACUUCUUCACACAGGAAACUCCUUAAAGAUCAGGCGGGAAGGUGUUCGUCUGUUCUUGUUAUGGUUGCAAGCUCUUCAGAAUAACUGCAGUAAGGAACAGCUCUGGAUGUUCUCGUGCUUAAUUCCCGGGUUUUUAGCACCACAGUCUGAACACGGACCUCGAACUUUAGAUAAUCUCAUUAAUCCUCCACUCAAUCUUCAAGAAACCCAAGUCACAAUAGAGGAAAUCACUCCUCUUGUCCCACCACAGUCUGGGGAUAAAGGACAAGAAGAUCUCACUAGCUAUUUUCUCGAAGCACUUUUAAAGUAUAUAGUUAUUCAGGUGAAAAGUUUAGAAUGGAAGAACAAAGAAAACCAAGAAAGAGGAUUUUCAUUUUUGUUUUCACAUUUUAAAAAAUAUUACUUACCUUAUAUUUUCCCAAACAUCUGUAAGGAAAACAGUUUAUAUCAUCCUGUGCUUGAUAUCCCACAAAUGAGACCAAAGCCACAUUAUGUCAUGAUAAAGAAGGAUGCUGAAACCAAUGAAGCCAUCUAUUGUACAAAGGAACCUUUUAUCAAGGCUCGUGUUAUUGUCAUUCGUUGGCUGGUUUCUUUCUGGCUAGAGCCAAAGCCACAUUCAGGACCUCAUAUUCCUGGGAUGGAAGGUGAAGUCUUGCCAAAGAAUAUUCAGAGAGCAGCUGCUAGUUUGGUUUCCAGAGAAGAAAACAAAAAUGAUAAUGCGGACAGAGCAGACAGAAGCGCGGAACCAGAGCAGUCUCACUCCAAUACCAGCACGCUCACCGAGCGGGAGCCGAGCUCAUCCAGCCUGUGCAGCAUCGAUGAAGAGCAUCUCACGGACAUUGAAAUCGUUCGCAGAGUUUUUUCUUCUAAAAGAAGUAAUGUGAACUUUGUCACAGAGAUAUUUCGUCAGGCAUUUUUGUUACCCAUCUGUGAAGCAGCUGCUAUGAGGAAGGUGGUUAAAGUAUAUCAGGAGUGGAUUCAGCAGGAGGAAAAGCCUUUGUUCAUGCAGGAGCCUGAAGAAAUUGUAAUGACUUCUUCAGAUUUACCUUGUAUUGACAGUGUUACUGAUCACGAGAUUCCAGUGGAAGGAGAAAAACGAGAAGAGGAAAAUGGGACCAAUAUUGCUGAUCAUGUUCGAAAUUCCAGCUGGGCAAACAAUGGCUCCUACCCGGAUGCCCUUCCUAAUGCCCCGGAAGAAACCACGGAAGAAAACAUACGAGCUGGUACCCAGGCAGUGUUGCAGGUUUUCAUUAUAAAUUCAUCAAACAUAUUUCUCCUUGAACCUGCAAAUGAUAUAAAAAAUCUUUUGGACGAACACACAGAUAUGUGUAAACGUAUUCUUAACAUUUACCGGCACAUGGUUGUGCAGGUGUCAAUGGACAAAAAAACCUGGGAACAGAUGCUGCUUGUAUUGCUCAGAGUCACGGAGUCUGUACUGAAGAUGCCAUCACAAGCUUUUCUACAGUUCCAGGGGAAAAAAAAUAUGAACUUGGCAGGUCGACUUGCAGGACCACUUUUCCAGACUCUCAUAGUUGCUUGGAUCAAAGCAAAUCUAAACGUGUACAUCUCCAGAGAGCUUUGGGAUGAUUUACUGUCGGUUCUGUCAUCGUUGACCUACUGGGAAGAGCUGGCCACCGAGUGGUCACUGACUAUGGAGACAUUAACCAAAGUUUUAGCUAGGAAUUUAUAUAGUUUGGAUCUCAGUGAUUUACCAUUGGAUAAACUCAGUGAACAAAAGCAAAAAAAGCACAAAGGGAAAGGAGUUGGACAUGAAUUUCAGAAAGUUUCCGUUGACAAGUCAUUUUCUAGAGGAUGGAGUCGUGAUCAACCCGGCCAAGCCCCAAUGAGACAGAGGAGUGCGACCACCACUGGCUCCCCAGGAACCGAGAAGGCAAGAAGUAUAGUGCGGCAGAAGACCGUAGCCAUGAGAAGCCGAUCCAUUGGUGAAUGUGCUCUGCCAUCGGCCUAUAUACGCAGUGCUAAAAGUGCGCCUGUUCUGAUCCAUACUUCCAAACCCUUCUUGCCUGAUAUUGUUCUCACUCCCCUUUCUGAUGAGCUUUCAGAUAUCGAUGAUGCUCAGAUACUUCCCCGCUCCACCAGAGUCAGGCAUUUUUCACAAAGCGAAGAAACUGGCAGUGAAGUUUUUGGGGCCUUGAGUGAGGAGCCGCCAUUGCCUCGAAGCAGCAGCACUUCCGACAUCCUGGAACCAUUCACUGUUGAGCGAGCCAAAGGUGCAGUUCCUGUCGUAGACAGUUCAUCCCGUCACGCACCAAGCUUGCAGAGUUCCACAGAGGCUUCUUCAAUAACUAGAUCCACUGAAAGCCACCUCACUGACAUCCACAGUAGAGAGUCUUCUCUGGAAGUUGGUGAUAGCAUAUAUGAUCAUCUUUGUCAUUUGAUAGGUCCAGUAGAACUUGCAGAUUCAGCCCUUGAACAAAUCCAGUACAUUGACCUUGAAGGAGAUGACGAUCUUCUUUCCUCUCUGAAAGAAUAUUUUAAGGAAAACCAGGAAAAUCAUGAUAAACAUGAGCUAGGUAGCGUCGCACCUUCUCAGGAAGUGGUUAUUGCAGCAAGUCGGGAUGAACGCUCAUCCUUAGAUAAGUUGGAAUAUGUAGAUCAGGAAAUUAAAUCAGAAAAUGUCACCUCUGUCGCUGGGACUCCAGAAAACAUGCAGUUUCAAAAAGAACCAAGCUCAGCUGUCUUCAUGAGUCAUAUUGCAGCUAAUCAGUCAGACAGUUUUGGGAAAACACAAACUUCGGAAGCAUCUAAGCAAGUGAGCACUGCUAAGCAGUCAUCGGAGUCUAGUUCUGAGAGCCCCUGUGACAAAGAGAAAAGGAAACACCUGCUUAGACAGACAGCCACAGAAUUAGAUGCCUGCGUAGACAUAACAGUAGUUGAAAAGCUUAAGGGUGUGCAAAUUAAUGAAAAAAUCACUGUCCCCUAUGUUAUGCAUGCCAAGAAAACUACACUAAAAGCACCUGUUAACCGCAGAAUGCCUCAUGUUUCCAGCACUAGCAAGCUUUCUCCAACUAAAAGGAGCUUGUCUGAAACAGUAACCCACAGGGCCAAAAUCAUGAAAAUUGCUACUAAAAAGCGAAAUAGCGUCCAUGUUACUUUUAGGCCAUCUACUGAGUCAGUUCAGUUUUACAAUCCGCUGGAGAACAAAGAGGCUCCAUGGAAGACGAGACUCCGGAAGCUCGGGGGCUUCAGCAGUAGUAGCAGUAGCAGUACCAGCAACAUCCCUGCCAGUUCGAAUGCUGGCUCAGAUCUAGUAAAACCUGGUGUGUACCGGCCUCUAGAUACACCUAGCACAGCAUCAGUGAGUAGCAAGGCAAUGAGGGAAUCCCCAGAGGUUCCCACCACUGUAUUGCAAAGAGAAGACGUUGCCAGCGGUCAGCCAGGUAGUCGUAGCACCCUUAGGCCAUCGAGUCACGAGGCAGGACUACCGCAGGGCUCCCUGGGUGGCGUUUAUAAAACUGUUGUACAUGCUCUUUCGAAGCCGAAGGCAAAUGUUUCCCCACAGAGGCAGAACAGAAUGCCACCAGAGGCGCCACUGAGGGAUCUGUACAGUCAUGUAAUGGGCUAUUUUGGAAGGAAGGCUGCAGUCAAUAAAGAGGACGUGAGCCCCAAACUGCCUCCUCUUAAUAGUGAUAUUGGCAGCAGCAGUGCUAAUGUUCCCGAUCUGAUGGAUGAGUUUAUAGCAGAACGACUCCGAAGUGGUAAUGCCUCGAUCAUGACGAGAAGAGGAAGUAGUCCUGGUGGCCUUGAAAUUCCCAAAGACCUCCCGGAUAUUCUCAACAAGCAGAACCAGCCGCGCCCGGUGGACGACCCUGGUGUGCCCUCCGAGUGGACCUCGCCCGCCAGCGCGGGGAGCAGCGACCUGAUCAGCUCCGACAGUCACUCGGAUUCCUUCAGCGCCUUCCAGUAUGAUGGCCGGAAGUUUGACAAUUUUGGCUUCGGAGCCGACACUGGGAUUGCAUCCUCCACUGAUGUGGAUUCAGGUUCUGGCCAUCCUCAGAGUGCUGAAGAGCAGGAAGUAGCCAGUCUGACCACACUUCACAUAGAUUCUGAAACAAACAGCCUUAACCAGCAAGCUUUCUCGGCUGAAGUGGCAACUGUUACUGGUUCAGAGAGUGCCUCGCCAGUGCCCUCGGCCCUGGGGUCCCGGUCGCAGACGCCUUCUCCCUCGGCCCUGCACAUGGAUCCCCUGGAGCAGAAGGACCUGCAGCUUGACGAGAAGCUCCACCACUCAGUCCUGCAGACGCCGGAUGACCUAGAAAUCAGUGAAUUUCCAUCUGAAUGUUGCAGUGUGAUGGCGGGGGGGACCCUCACCGGAUGGCAUGCUGACGUUGCUACUGUAAUGUGGAGGAGAAUGCUAGGCAUUCUGGGCGAUGUCAAUUCUAUCAUGGAUCCUGAAAUACACGCUCAAGUAUUUGAUUACCUCUGUGAACUGUGGCAAAAUCUGGCCAAGAUCAGAGAUAACCUCGGCAUCUCCACUGAUAACCUCACCUCGCCUUCGCCACCGGUUCUGAUCCCUCCACUGAGGAUUCUUACACCUUGGCUCUUCAAGGCAACCAUGUUGACUGAUAAAUACAAGCAAGGUAAGCUACAUGCUUACAAACUUAUUUGUAACACGAUGAAAAGAAGACAAGAUGUGUCUCCAAAUAGAGAUUUUCUGACACAUUUCUACAAUAUAAUGCACUGUGGGUUACUUCAUAUCGAUCAGGAUAUUGUCAAUACAAUCAUCAAGCACUGCUCACCUCAGUUUUUUUCACUUGGCUUGCCUGGUGCCACAAUGCUUAUUAUGGAUUUUAUUGUAGCGGCUGGUAGAGUGGCUUCGUCAGCUUUCCUCAAUGCACCAAGAGUGGAAGCACAAGUUCUUCUGGGAUCUUUGGUUUGCUUUCCCAACUUAUAUUGUGAGCUGCCUGCCCUCCAUCCCAACAUUCCUGAUAUUGCCGUGUCUCAGUUCACAGAUGUUAAGGAACUUACAGUCAAAACUGUAUUAAGCUCAGCAAGAGAUGAGCCAUCUGGUCCUGCACGAUGUAUAGCCCUUUGCAGCUUAGGUAUUUGGAUUUGUGAAGAACUUGUCCAUGAGUCUCAUCAUCCUCAAAUUAAGGAAGCUCUGAAUGUAAUCUGUGUUUCCCUAAAGUUUACUAAUAAAACAGUAGCCCAUGUUGCUUGUAAUAUGCUUCAUAUGCUGGUUCACUAUGUACCUAGACUUCAGAUUUACCAGCCUGAUUCUCCCUUGAAGAUUAUUCAAAUCCUAAUAGCCACCAUCACCCAUCUAUUGCCAAGUACUGAAGCUUCAUCUUAUGAAAUGGACAAGAGGUUGGUGGUGUCCUUACUUCUGUGCCUUCUGGACUGGAUCAUGGCCCUACCUCUAAAGUCGCUGCUCCAGCCAGUCCAUGUAGCAGGAACAGAAAAUGACAAAACGGAAAAAUCGGUCCUCAACUGCAUUUAUAAGGUCUUACAUGGAUGUGUCUAUGGAGCUCAGUGUUUCAGCAAUCCCAGGUAUUUUCCCAUAAGCCUGUCUGACUUGGCCUCUGUGGACUAUGAUCCUUUUAUGCAUCUGGAGAGUCUGAAAGAGCCUGAACCGCUACACUCUCCUGACUCAGAGCGCUCUUCUAAACUCCAGCCAGUCACAGAAGUGAAAACCCAGAUGCAGCAAGGAUUAAUCUCCAUAGCUGCCCGCACUGUGAUUACACAUCUUGUGAAUCACUUGGGCCAUUAUCCAAUGAGUGGUGGUCCUGCUAUGUUAACAAGUCAGGUGUGUGAAAAUCAUGACAAUCAUUACAGUGAAAGUACUGAACUCUCCCCGGAACUUUUUGAAAGUCCAAAUAUCCAGUUCUUUGUGUUAAACAAUACGACUUUGGUGUCCUGUAUCCAAAUCAGAUCGGAGGAGAGUAUGCCUGGAGGGGGUUUGUCUGCUGGCCUUGCAUCAGCCAACUCUAAUGUCAGAAUCAUAGUACGUGAUCUCUCUGGAAAGUAUUCAUGGGAUUCUGCCAUACUGUAUGGUCCGCCUCCUGUGAGUGGCUUCUCAGAACCAGCCUCUUUCAUACUUUCAUUGUCUCACCAAGAGAAGCCUGAAGAGCCUCCUGCAGCCAAUGAAUGUUUGGAAGACACAGCAGUAAAAGAUGACCUGUCCCUCCAGUAUAAACGGCUUAGAGAGACUGUCCCAACCUGGGACACCAUCAGAGAUGAAGAAGACGUUCUGGAUGAGCUGCUGCAGUAUUUGGGUGUUACCAGUCCUGAAUGCUUACAGAGAACUGGAAUCUCACUUAAUAUCCCUGCUCCACAACCCGUGUGCAUUUCUGAAAAACAGGAAAAUGAUGUAAUUAAUGCUAUUCUUAAGCAACAUACAGAGGAAAAAGAAUUUGUUGAGAAGCACUUCAAUGACUUAAACAUGAAAGCUGUUGAACAAGAUGAACCAACACCUCAGAAACCUCAGUCAGCAUUUUAUUACUGCCGAUUGCUUCUUAGUAUAUUGGGAAUGAAUUCCUGGGACAAACGGAGGAGCUUUCAUCUCCUGAAGAAAAAUGAAAAACUACUUAGAGAACUUAGGAACUUGGAUUCAAGGCAGUGCAGAGAGACACACAAGAUUGCAGUAUUUUAUGUCGCUGAAGGACAGGAAGACAAACACUCCAUCCUCACCAACACAGGAGGAAGUCAAGCCUAUGAAGAUUUUGUAGCUGGUCUUGGUUGGGAGGUAAAUCUUACAAACCAUUGCGGCUUUAUGGGAGGACUACAAAAAAACAAAAGCACUGGGUUGACCACCCCCUACUUCGCUACCUCUACAGUAGAAGUCAUAUUUCAUGUGUCAACAAGAAUGCCCUCUGAUUCCGAUGACUCUCUGACCAAAAAAUUGAGACAUUUAGGAAAUGACGAAGUACACAUUGUUUGGUCAGAGCAUACUAGAGACUACAGACGAGGAAUCAUUCCUACAGAGUUUGGUGAUGUCCUUAUUGUAAUAUAUCCAAUGAAAAAUCACAUGUUCAGUAUCCAGAUCAUGAAAAAACCAGAGGUUCCCUUCUUUGGUCCACUUUUUGAUGGUGCUAUUGUGAAUGGGAAGGUUUUACCCAUUAUGGUUCGAGCAACAGCCAUAAAUGCAAGCCGAGCUCUGAAGUCACUGAUCCCGUUGUAUCAGAACUUCUAUGAGGAGAGAGCGCGGUACCUGCAAACAAUUGUUCAGCACCAUUUAGAGCCAACAACGUUUGAGGAUUUCGCAGCGCAGGUUUUUUCUCCAGCUCCCUACCACCAUUUACCAUCCGAUGCUGGCUCCUACUCAGAGAUUCUACCCAGUGAAGCUGCCACAGCCACGCAGGUAGAUGGGGCUGACCUGGCCUCGCCAAUGUCUCCUCGAACUAGCAAGAGCCGCAUGUCCAUGAAGCUGCGUCGUUCCUCUGGCUCAGCCAAUAAAUCCUAAGGAGCCGAGCAGGCCCCCGGCGAGCAGCAGCCACCUUAGCGCGAACACAGUGUUAAGCCUGUCUCGGGCCUUUGUUUCGGCCAGAGCAUGCAUGUUCCUUUGUGUACAUUUGAGAAAACACUGGAUUUAAAUACUUUGUAACUUAAUAUUUUACAUUUGGGUUAUUUAUUUGGUUUGUUUCCCCCUCGCACUCCAAGCUGCCCUACUUUGAGGGUGAGCAGAAUUUUAUUCUACACUCUUUACUUGCCUAGAUAAUUAUGUCUAAAUAGUUUUGCCUUUAAUUUCAUGAUUAACAGUCAAAAUAUAAUUGGACGAAUAGUAUAUUUAUUGUGUCCCAUUGCAACUUUGACUCACUAUAUUUUUUUUUACAAAUGUAAGAUUUUAAGUUUAAACAUUUGUAAAGUUAUAGCAAAAGUUACAAAUCUGUUAAUACACAGGAUGUGUACAGAUUAUUUAUGUUUGAGAUUAAAACUUUCAAAAUAAAUGACCUUAUAGCAUCUCGAAUUCUACCAAAAUCAUUUUAGCAGUAACUCUUUCCUCCCAAGGCAGUGUCUCCUUUGCUGGCUGGGCAGCUGAUGCCAUGACACCCCGUUGACACAGAAUCACCGUGCUGAACUUUGAUUUAGCUGAUGUUUGGCUUUGUAAGUGGUAUCAUUGUGAAAUGCCAUUUCUCUUUUGAGAUUGUGGCCCUUUAUUCUGGGCUACUCAGCCCUGGUGUAUCCAUAUUCUCUCUUAAGUACCAAAAAGAAGGGGAAGGGAGGGAAGAAGGAAAAAAAGAAACACUUUCUAGAUAUUAAGUGUGUUGCUCAAAUUAUGUGUAUUAUUUUUAAAAAGAAAAAGGAGCACAAUCCAGGGGUGUGAGUUAAAUCUAAUUUGUUAAAACUGAACUUGCAGGUGCAAGUCUUCCACAUUCCACCCUUCAGAAGUGAUUUCCUGUAGUGGAUACGUUGCUCACGUUUUGUUUUGAAUGAGCAUCUCCCAAGGAAACGUAUGUAGCAUGCCAUGGGUACUAACUGCAUGUGUAAAUACAUCAUACUGGCAAGCCAUAACAUAAAUUAUGUAUUAUCACUCAUGUAGUAUCUACAGAUUUGUAACAGUGGGGGGAACGAUGACAUGGUAUUUAAUAAUACAAUAAAAAUAUUCUUAU